GAGAUUACAUCCUUUUUUGUGCAAUGGUUAAGUAUAGAACUUCAUAGUGUUCAAAGUGUAUACUGUAGUCACUCACAAGAUAAUGUAGAAGAAUUCAGUAAACGACGUGUUAAUAAUACUAUUAACUUAAUAAAUUCAGCGUUUUGCAAAUUCUAACAAAUCCAAAAUGGCAGAGGAAGGGCCUCUUCAAAUCACAGUGCCCAACAAGCGGGCGUCCCAACAAAUGUACUACGACACUCUGGUGAAGGAGGUGAACGAUCUGAUGUCAGCCAUCGAAAUGCUGAGUCAUCAGAAAGUGGAGUCGAUACUAGCGCUGAGUCGAGACAGCGGCCGAUUGGUGAACUGUACUUGUGGUAGUCUGAGACUCACGCCUCUACAACUGGCUGCGUCCCUUAUCAACUAUCCCAACAAAAUGCUCAUUGUUAAAAUGUUGCUUGAUCAUGGAGCUAGGAUUCACGACUCAGACAAAUUUGGCCGGACCGCUCUCUACUAUGCGGCAGCCAUGGGGUCAGACGAGGAGGUGAAACUGUUGUUAGAGAAAGGAGCCAAUCCCAACACCCGAUGCACCCUCAAAGUGCAGGACGAUACCGUCGCCGAAAAUGUGCCUUUUGCCAAGGAGGAAUCACUGCCUGAAAAGUUUGAGCCUCCAAAAAUCUGGGGCCGUACCCCGCUACACAAAAGUGUGCUGAAGAAUCAAGUGUUGUGCUGUCAGCUGCUUCUGGAAAAGAGGGCAACAGUCAAUGCUCUGGACUCUGAAGACUCCAGUCCUCUCCUUCUAGCAGGGAUCAGACUUCCAAUCGACGACAAAGAUCAGCUGCAAAGAUACGAGUCAAUAGUGGAGCUAUUGGUGAACAACGGGGCCGACGUGAACGUGAUAGCUAAAGGGAAAGCUCUGCCGCCUCUCUUCCAGGCAGUGGCGCUCGGCUCACAGAAAGCCACAUCCAUACUGAUAGGGGCGGGAGCCAGUCUGGCUAUCAUCCAUGAAAACUCAGGGAAAAACAUUUUCCACAUGGCUGUUGAGUCCGGCCAGGUUUCCACGCUAAGGCAGGUGCUCAACCAUCAGAACGACAUCAAGAACUAUGUCAACCUCGGCGAUUUUGAAGGAAGCACGCCGCUACACCAAGCAGCUUACCAGGGAAACGCGGAAUGUCUGAGGAUACUGAUCAACAACGGUGGAGAUCUGGCCAACGAGACGACACAGGGUCUGUCAGUGGUUUACGCCAUCUACCAACACAUCCCAAGACCCACUGAGUUUCUCAUCGAUCUGCUAGACUCGAAAAUCAUCUGUCACCAGGCUCCCGAGAAGAAUGACAAUACUCUGCAUGUUGAGCUGGAUUUUCGAAUUUUGGCGCCACGAAGCAACAGUCGCCAAAUGUCGGUGGUCUCCCUGCUGACCGCUGAGCAGCGACUGAUUCAGCAUCCGCUGAUCGAAGCCUUCAUCCAUGUCAAGUGGAAAAAGAUGCGCUGGCUCUUCUUCUUCAUCUUUGUUCUGCAGGUGUGCUUCGUCCUCUCUCUGUCUUCGUUCAGCCUCAUGUUGGUCAACCCCGAAUGGUGCAUAGCUGCUAAGACUGUAGGAUCAAUACUGAGGAAAAUUAUUCGGGUUCUCCUUUUCAUGUCGUCUCUGUUCCUCAAUUUGCACAAUUUCCUUGAGAUAAGACUCAUGAGUGGGGGAGUUCUACAACUGACCGAGCCAUCUGUAAACCUUAUCUGCUACGGUUACGGCGUGUUCAUGGCAUGGACGGUUGAUGAAAGUGACAUCUACACUAGCAACAAGAUAUCACUGCUGACGCAUGUCGCGUCACUUGUCAUAGUGACAGCGUGGGGCAGUCUUAUGUUCCAGCUGGGUCGAUUCCCCAGUUGGGGGUACUAUGGACUUAUGUUCAGUGCUGUUUUGAGCAAUGUUUUCAAAGUGAUGUCGACAGGAAUCUGCAUGUUCAUAGGGUUUGUGCUGUGCUUCUGGAUCCAGUUCCCCAACAAGUUCAAAGGCGUUUGGAAUCCAUUCAUCAGAAUGCUAAUUAUGAUGACAGGGGAACUCAACGAUGAGUUCUUCUUCAGCUAUGACAACGAGAGUAAAGAAAUGCAAUGCAGUCGGUUGGUGUUUGUCGUUUUCAUUGUUCUGGCUUCAAUUGUGCUCACCAAUCUCAUGUUGGGUCUUGCCGUCAACGAUGUCCAGGCACUCCAGCUAGAAGGCCACGCUAAGCACCUGAUCAAACAGACCGAGUUCAUAGUUCACCUGGAGCGCCUGGGGACACUGAGGGCUUUUCACAGUCGCCUGUUUCCCACCAGGUUGCGCCAGAAACUGCAGAACAAGCAUCAUGUGCAGACGAGGCUGUAUGUCAAGGAUCCGGCCUCAGUGCAUGCCAGCAACGCCCUGCCCGAGAGAAUAAUGGACAAUAUUGUGCCCAUUGCUAGAGCUAAACGGAUCAGGGAUAAGAGAGACCAACGGGAGACGGUUUUCGUGUCCGAAGCCGACGAAACUGCUUCCCAAAAAUCGGCGAAUUCCAACGCAAAUCCGACAAAAUCGAUGAACCAGCAACCGGUCAACUUCGAGGCACGGCUAAGCCGGGUGGAGACCCUUAACGAAUAUAGUCAAGAAAUAGUCAGCAUGUUCAAAGAGAUUAAACAGAUGUUAGCAUCCAUCAAAGAGCAGGAGACUAGAAGUAGGAGUAACACCUUAUUGUCCAAUGAAGAACAUUCUCAUGGUGCUCUACUCAGGAAACUUAGUCAUAUUAAACGAAAAUAAUAAUUAAAACAAACACUUUGCACAGAGAUGUGGUGAAUUGUUAAGGUGAAAUAAAAAGAUGUUGUCAAUUACACAAAAUUUUUAUUUGAGUCCAAACUAGUUUCGAUGCACUUGGCAUCAUACAUAAGUCUACCACUGAUGAUGAUGCCAACAGUGCAUCGAAACUAGUUUGUACUCAAAUAAAUUUUGUAGAAUUGACAUCUUUUUAUUUCACCUUAAUUUGAAAAUAAUAAUUAUAGGAAUAUUAUAGUGAAACAUAACGUCAAGGUGCGAAUAGAUCUACACUUUUCCAAUUUUAUUUGAGAAAGUAUCAAGUUAAUUUGAGAAAGUAUCAAUUGUAUUUGAGUGUAGUCAUUUGUAUUGUAAUUGAGAGAAUGUCAGAUGUAGAUGAGAAUAGUCAAUUGUAUUUGGGAAGUCAUCACAUGCAUGUAAUUGAGAGUAGUGAGUUGUAUUUGAGAAAUCGUCAAAUGUAAAUGAGAAGAUAUCAAUUGAAAAUGAGAAAAAUUUCCAAUCGACAUGGCAUGGCUCUUGUGUAGCCUACUGUUGCCUACGGGUUUGAUCUGAGCAGGAAAGGAUACUGUACUAAGUAGGCUACACAGUAUUCCAAUUACUACUAUAGGCUUUGCAUGGGGGCAAAUUGAUAUUUUCAAUGGUGAAAUUAUUUCCCCUGCACUGUUUACGAAUGAUUAAUGAGUUUCAUUUCUAUGUAUGUAUCGGCAACACGACUUUUGUCUCCAAACAUUUUGUGAAAUAUUGCACUUGAUGAAGAUCAAAUUCUCUAUGUUCAUGGCGCAAUGAAUUGAACUUAAUCAUCAAUCAAUUGAAUCUAUUGAUCAAGCAAUUCUUCAAUGGAUUUUGCAGCUCGAAAAUAAUUUUUUAUUUAAAAACUAAACGUUUUA